GAGCAGAUAAUCUUAGUUGAAAGGAAGUAGACAGGGAUAUGCAAGGGAUAGUAUAUAGAGAUCGCCACCUUGACCGACUUUCCGCCCGGCAACUGUAUCACGUAGCGACAAAAUGUCUGAGAAACAACCAACCCAGACAUACGACCCCGAGGCCAAGAUGGGCGAGGUGGCUCAGGAGAUUGAUCUAAAUGCCGAGAAGAGCUACGGUAGGAUGCAAUCCUGCCACGAUGUGGAUCGCGCUGACAGCUGCAGUGCGCAAGGUGGACCUCUUCCUGCUGCCACUACUGUGCUUGGUAUGCUCUUGUCCAUUCUACUUGUAGUUGUCAUGCUGACGAUAUAGAUGUACUUCUUUGAUUGCAUGGAUAGGGUAUGUCUAUCGCGUAAGGGAUGAUUGCUAAGCUGACCCGAUUAGAGUAAUCUGGCCAACGCGAAGACGGAUGGACUGGAGAAUGAUCUCAAUCUCAAAGGAAAUGAGUACUCGCUGAUCGUCCUGCUCUUCUACAUCCCGUUUGGGCUCUGCGAUCUGCCAUGGAACCUUUUGCUGAAGCGGUAUUCUGGACGGAUCAUGCUGUCGUUUAGUAUGUCUCCAUCCCUCUCUAGUCGUGGGCAUACUAACUGUUCAGUGACCGUGGUCUGGGGUGUCCUCGCCCUAUGUCAGUGUGCCGCCAAGAACUUUGGGGGAAUGUUAGCUAUCCGGAUUAUUCUGGGGUGAGUAUGCGGGCAGCCCAUGUUAUCCCAGGGGAUAACUGACCGAAACAGCGUCUUCGAGGCCGGCUUCUUCGCCGGCGCAACCUUCUACUUCACCCUGUUCUACACCCGUGGUGAAAUGGGCUUCCGACUGGCUAUCAUGCAAUCCUUCGCCGUGCUGGCCUCUGCCUUCAGUGGCUUGAUCUCCUUCGGAGUCUUCCAGAUCAACGAUCCGGCUGUGCACGGCUGGCAAUGGCUCUUCAUCAUCGAAGGGUCCAUGACGCUCUUGACCGGAAUCAUUGGAUUCUGGUGGCUCCCCGACCGACCCCAGACAGCGUGGUUCUUGAAUGAGCGAGAGCGCAAGGCCGCCACGACACGUCUGCUGCGCGAUACAUCGUCCGAAGUCGAGACCGGACUGGAUAUGAAAUCCGCAUUCCAGACAUGGAAAGACUGGAAGUUCCCAAUCUGGUGCAUCAUCACUUUCACAUAUCCAGUGGCUUACGCGACAGCGAUGAACUUCUUCCCGCUGAUCGUCCAAAGACUGGGGUUUUCCACGGUAAAGACGAAUCUAUGGACAGUUGCGCCGAAUCUGGUCGGCGCGGUGCUCCUGCUCUGUGUAGCCAAAUCGUCCGAUUAUUUCCGGGAGCGAGGCUUCCACAUUGUCUUUUCGCUGAUAUUAUCUCUCAUCGGCAUGAUCAUCCUCGCGACGAUCGACGUCCUCGCGAACAAAGGCGUUGCGUACUUUGCCUGCUUCCUGAUGGCGGCGGGCGCAUACAUCCCGUCGUGUCUGGUGCACGCCUGGCACAACAACAACAACGUGCACGAGAACUCCCGAGCGGCGAAUACCGGAUUCUUCGUAGGACUGGGAAAUCUAGCGGGGGUGUUAAGCGUGGCGACAUUUCGCACGGAAUAUGCGCCCAAAUACAUCCCCACCCUGCUGGCAACCUGUUGCUGCAACGGCGUCUGCAUCAUCUUCGCCACAGGUUUGGCAGUCUGGAUGCGACUAGAAAACCGACGACGAGACCAGACGCAGGGAAUGCGACGGCGCGGCGAAGACGUCGACACCCGGCAAUUAUCAGCGGGGGAGGCCAGUGCCGAUUGGAGAUACUUUCUAUAGGCCAGGCUGCAGCAACCAGACACUGGCAGGAAAGCCGAAUUGAUAGGGAGCGCCAAUCAGGGGCGCUGAUUAGUCCGGUCGAUCGUCAUCUGGACGCUAUCAGAGAGACACUAAAGCCACUAAAGUCGUGCUUCUCCGCAUCGGCC